AUGAGGAAUUUAAGAGGUAUUCAAUAUGAGCAAUGGAAGCCUCCUGCGCAGUAUCAGAAUAGACCGAUCACAGCGGCGGCGUGGGAUUUGGCAAACGAUGCUGUCGUUUGUACGGUUGGUCCUACAGAAAAUGACGCUGUGAUCCAGCUUAUUAGAGUCAAAACCAACUCAAAAUCACAUGAGGAUUCCCUUAUCACAUCAUGGGAAGCCCCAUCACCAAACCCAGACUUGGCCUGUGACAAAGUUUUGAGCCUUCAUUAUUUUGGAGACAGCUUGACGACAUGUCUCGUCCUUGCUGGUGGCGACAUCAUUGUCGUCAGAGAAGAUCCUCAACCUGGAGAAGGUCAGAUUGAAAUUAUGGGCUCAGUUGAUGCAGGUAUUACUGCGGCAAGAUGGUCACCUGAUGAGGAACUUUUGGCGAUUACAACUAAGGAAGAUACCGUUAUUUGGAUGAGUCGCAGCUUCGACGGUGUUACAGAUACUACCAUGACCAAAGAGGACCUCAAAGCUUCCAAUCAUGUAUCCGUUGGUUGGGGUAAGAAGGAAACUCAAUUUCAAGGUAGAGGAGCCAAAGCCUUAAGAGAUCCGACUAUGCCUGAGAAGAUCGAUGAAGGUGUUCUUAGUUCAAAUGAUGAUUCGAGCGUCACCAUCAGCUGGAGAGGUGAUGGCGCUUACCUCGCUAUUUCUACAAUCGAGUCGGCUUCUCGUCGUAUAAUUCGGGUAUACUCAAGAGAAGGUGAACUUGACAGUGUCAGUGAGCCUGUGGAUGGCCUCGAAGGCGCUUUGAGCUGGAGACCUUCAGGAAAUCUGAUUGCUGGAAUUCAACGACUUGAGGAGAGAAUUGAUGUUGUAUUCUUUGAACGUAAUGGUUUAAGACAUGGGGAAUUCAGCCUCCGACUUACACAAGAACAGCGUCAACGCCCUAAUCAAAACAUCAAAUUGGCUUGGAAUUCUGAUUCUACGGUGCUGGCUGUCGCCAUGGAGGACUGUACUCAACUAUGGACAAUGGCUUGGCAUCCAGAGAAGCCGUUGAGAUUCUUAUCUGUCGCUGAGGACACUAUUGACCUUGCGGAGUAUAUCUUCACGACAGCUCGCGGUACUUUGGCACCACCACAUGACUUCGGGGUGCUCGCUGUUAUUGAUGGGCAGAAUCUCAUGGUAACACCUUUCCGAGUAGCUAAUGUCCCCCCUCCCAUGGGUCAUCACGAAACUACGAUACUAUCAAACGCCAUCGAUGUUUCAAUCAAUGCAGAUGCUUCAUUGCUUGCUGUUCUGCAUCAAGAAGGCAUUUCUGUCUUUGAAUUAGAUGCCACUAAACGCGUUGCACCUACUCCGACAUUGUCAGGCCAAUUCACAUUCGAGUCAUCAAUAAAGACUACCAUAUAUCAACAAAUUACUUUUAGUGGCAAGAGUGAGGUACUCGCUUUGGGGCGAACUGAAGCUGGUCCUGUCAUUCAGAGAUAUCACCUCACUGAUAUGCCUGGUGAGAUGAAAGAGAGAGCUCUUGAGAACAGUCCAACAUCUUCUGUAUCAAUAUUGUCAAGCUUUGUUGAAGAUGGCGUAAUGCACCCAUACGUUCAAACUAGCUCUGGAGACCUUCAUAGUUUAUCUUUCGGCGAUGCGUCCUUAUCUUCCUGCAAUUUCUCCAAGCUAUUACCUUGGGUAGAUAUCAUACCCUUUGGCGAUGGUUCAAAUGCCUAUGGAGAUGGUCGCAUAGCUUUUGGAUUGUCUAGUAAUGGCCAUUUGUUUGCAAAUACGCGCUUACUGGUGCGAAACUGUACAUCUUUUCUCGUUACACCAGCACAUCUUAUAUUUACUACCACCACACAUCUCCUUAAAUUUGUGCACAUCACAGAAGUUCAUGAUCUUGAAAUUCCACCUGAUGACCCAGAAAUUGAUGAAAGAUGUAGAAGCAUUGAAAGAGGUGCUCGACUAGUCACCGCAAUGCCAACAUCUCUUAGUCUUAUUCUACAAAUGCCUCGAGGAAACUUAGAGACUAUAUUCCCUCGUGCAAUGGUCCUUGCAGGUAUUCGGAAACUCAUUGAGGAAAAGAACUACAGAAAAGCUUUCACUCACUGCAGAACGCAACGAGUGGAUAUGAACAUUCUGUACGAUCACGCUACAGAGCAGUUUUUGUCAAAUGUUGCACUCUUCAUCGAUCAAGUCAAGAAGAUCACUUACAUUGAUUUGUUCCUUUCGUCAUUGAGAGAAGAAGAUGUUACUCAGACGAUGUACAAAGAAACAAGAGUUGUGCCUCAAAAUGGUAACAUAGUGCCUACCACCAAUGGUACUACACCGCAGGAUACUACUGUUGAUAUCACAACCACCAAAACUUCCAAGGUUAAUAAGAUCUGUGAUGCUGUUCUCGAGGUUCUCAAGACUCGCACUGCAACCAAUUUACAAAAUAUCAUCACAUCUAAUGUUUGCAAGAAUCCACCUGCAUUGGAUGACGGUUUAUUGGUUGUUGCGCAAUUGAUGAAGGAAGAUGAAGCUUUGGCCGAUAAAGCAGUCGAACAUAUCUGUUUCUUAGCAGAUGUCAACAGAUUAUACGAGAACGCUCUCGGUCUCUAUAACCUCGACCUCGCUCUUUUAGUGGCCCAGCAGUCGCAAAAAGAUCCCAGGGAAUAUCUUCCUUUUAUGCAAAAUCUACAACAAAUGACCGAAUUACGUCGUAAAUAUAGCAUUGACGAUUAUCUAUCCCGCCAUAGCAAAGCACUCCACCAUCUCCACGAACUCAACGCAUUUGAGGAGCUACAAAAGUAUACUCAAAAGCACACACUCUACAAAACCGCUCUAGCUAUUUACCGAUACAACCCUGAACCCCUCGCUGUCAUAACAGCCCUCUAUGCUCAAUAUCUUGAAUCUAAAUCGUCAUACAAAGAAGCAGCUCUCGCUUACGAAUCCCUUCACAACUACGCAAAAGCCACAUCUUGCUACCUCGCCUCCGGACCUUCCCAAUGGCGAGAGACUCUCUUCUCUGCCCUCACCGGCGGCGCAGAUGGGAACCCAAUGAGCGGCUCUGCACUCACCGAGCUAGCAGAACGUAUAUGA